CCAAGGACAUUAACGAUCCUUUACGCCUGGAACGCCACAAAUUAUUAAUCUUGACAAAGUACUUGCCAAACUAUACCGAAAAUAAUUAUAACGUAUUACGUUUAUCUUAUUUAGAACGCACCCUCAUCUAAAUUCCUAAGUUUCUAAACGAAAAAAAUAUGUCAUUAACGUCAAUGUCAUUAACAGGUGUUCGGUAUUCAUUUGGUGCCCAUUUCCCCUUAUCAACAAGUACUGAUUAAAAUCACAAUAAAAUCUUAUCUGUUAAAACCCUAAGCGUAAUUAUUUGCACAACAUUUGCACGUUUCUAUCAAAUCUGUGUGUUUAAUAUUAUUCGCUGAAACGAUAGCAGUAUUCGCCGAUACGUUUAGUGGUUAAAGGUCAGGCAUGGUGCACUACGACACAAUAGUGGUCGGUAUGGGGCCGGCGGGCGUGACCGCAGCCGCGGCCCUGGCGCGCGCCGGGCGCCGCGUGCUGGCGUUAGAAGCACAAAGUCGUAUAGGCGGCCGAGUGCACACGGUGCCUUUUGGAGACGGACUUAUUGAGCUGGGCGCUGAAUGGAUCCACGGCAACGUAAAUAGCCCCGUUUUCGACCUGACCACACAACACAACAUCACCACCGUUCCGCAGAGCCUUAUAAUGGCUCCAUUCCGGUCAGACGGGUCAGAAGUUGAUGCAGAACUGGUUAAUGGAUUGCUGGAUAUAGCUUUGCAUAUAGUGGAUCACCCGCCGGACCAACCUGAACCACUAGGAACCUUUAUUACUUAUAAGCUAAGAGAGCAUAUCGCCGAACACAUGCCAGAUCUCCUAAAAGACGAAGACUUUAUAACCGAAUUCCUAGAGUUCGCGAACCUGUUGACCAACAACUAUGAGGCGUCUAACGACUGGACAGAUGUCACCACUAUCAGUCGUUAUGAAGAGCUGGAAGGCCCACAGCUGAUCAGCUGGCAUAAAUAUGGAUAUAAGACCUUCUUUGAAAUUAUGCUGAACACAUACAAAGGCGGUCCAGGCCUCCCCAACCUCGACAUAAAGCUGAACACUGAAGUAAAAGUUAUCCGGUCCCCACAACACCCCACAGAGAAGGUCAUCGUAGAGUGUACAGAUGGCAGCACCUAUGUGGCUGACAACGUUAUAGUCACAGUUUCUCUCGGAGUUCUUAAAGCCAAGCACACGACUCUUUUCUCGCCACCACUGCCCCAAGACAAGCAAACAGCAAUAGAGAAAAUAAGUAUAGGCGUCAUGGACAAAAUCAUCCUUUCCUUCGACAAGAUCUGGUGGCCACUCCACACUUCCUUCUUCGGGUUCAUAUGGAAAGGAGAAGAUAAGAGGAAACUGGGUAAAGAGGACUAUUGGACGACGAGGAUAUACGGGGCUAGUCGGCCCAUGGGGUCCAGUAACUCAUUGACGUUGUGGACCAGCGGGAAUGUUGCUAAAGAGGUUGAGGUAAUGCCAGAGGAAAUAGUUAAGACGAAAUGCGUAGAGCUGCUGCAGAAAUUCAUCGGCGAUACUAUGAAGAUCGCUGUACCAAAACCCAGUGCUAUGAUUAGAUCAACCUGGCACUCGAACCCGUACACACGCGGCAGUUACACGUACGACAACCUGCUCACCCCGUCGUACCCCGCGGCGCGCGCGUGGCUCGGCGCGCCGCUCCCGGACCGCUCCGGCGCGCCGCGGGUGCUGUUCGCGGGGGAGGCCACCUCCCUCCGCCACUUCAGCACGGUGCACGGCGCCGCCGAGACCGGCCGCAGGGAGGCCGCGCGGCUGCUGCCCACCACUAGCAAGAUAUAGGACGUGUGUUUCUGACACGUGCCUGUCCUAAACAGAUACUUUUAGCCAUUUUCGCGGUACCGAAAUUAACACUUUUUUACGGUACCGA